AUGUGUUGCAACUACGGCAACUCCUGUGGCUAUGGCUGUGGCUAUGGCUAUGGCUGUGGCUAUGGGCCCUAUUACAGCUAUAGUUAUGGACCUGGCUAUGGCUGUGGAUAUGGCUGUGGAUACGGCUCCUGCUGUGGCUAUGGCACCAGAUAUGGCUGUGGCUGUGGCUAUGGCUCUGGUUGCUGUGGCUACCGGCCAUUUUGGUAUAGAAGAUGUUAUUCUUCUUGCUGCUAG